AUGAGCCCUGGCCAGCCCGCUACUCCUCGCAUGUUGAGAAGCGUUUCCAAUUCGAUCAGAGGCUCUCGAGACAUGGAUUUUGGAGAACCAGAGGGUAAGGAGAAGGAGCUCCUUCCGGCGCCUCCGCUUACGCAGAAGAGCCAGCCAGAACCCCCUAGUCAGAGUCAUCACCAGCAACAGCCACUGCAGCAAAGUCAGCAGCAACAACAGCACCACGGUCAGAGUCAUAGCCAUCAACAUGGCCACAGCCAGAGCCAAGGAACCAGUCACGGCGGCCACAGCCAGAGCCGCACAUCCAAAAGCUCUUCCCAGCAGCAGCAACAACAGCAGUUCCAUAGAAAGUCCAUUGGCGACUGGGACUUCAUCAGGACCAUCGGUGCUGGUUCUAUGGGUAAGGUCAAGUUGGCAAGACACAACGCCACGGGCGAAAAGUGUGCUGUUAAAAUCGUUCCAAGAGCAGCAAAGUUGUACCAGAGAGCACACGCCAAUGACGCUGCACCAAACCUGGCAGAGGAGGCAGCACAAAGACAGAAGGAGUUUGAGAAGGAAGUGGCUCGUGACAAGAGAACCAUUCGUGAAGGCGCCUUGGGUAGGCUUCUCUUCCAUCCGCAUAUUUGCCGUCUCUAUGAGAUGGUCCCCAUGACAAAUCACUACUAUAUGCUUUUUGAGUACGUUGAAGGUGGUCAGUUGCUAGACUAUAUUGUGUCGCAUGGGUCCUUGAGCGAGAAGUACGCCCGUAAGUUUGCCAGAGGCGUUGCCUCCGCAUUAGACUACUGCCACAAGAACAAUGUUGUCCACAGAGACUUGAAGAUUGAGAAUAUCAUGAUCAACCAGAAAGGUGACAUCAAAAUUAUCGAUUUUGGUUUGUCGAACUUAUACUCACCCAAGAGUCUUCUAAAGACGUACUGUGGCUCGUUGUAUUUUGCGGCGCCCGAGUUGUUGAGUGCAAAGCCAUAUACUGGACCCGAGGUUGACGUAUGGUCUUUCGGUGUGGUAUUGUACGUCUUAGUGUGCGGUAAAGUACCCUUCGAUGACCCAGUGGUCUCGGUGUUGCAUGAAAAGAUCAAGCGUGGUCAUGUGGAAUACCCAUCCUUCAUUUCAAAAGAGUGUGUUUCUCUUCUUUCCAGAAUGCUCGUGGUUGACCCAACAAAAAGAGCAUCAUUGCAUGAGGUGAUCCAGCAUCCGUGGAUGUCCAAGGGUUACGAAUACCCUGUUCCCAGCUACAUCAACAAGAGAGUGCCUUUGACCUUGCCGCUCGAUCCAGAAAUCAUCAAGUCCAUAGCGACCCUCGAUUUAGGAUCCUCUCAGGCUAUCGUGGAAGAGCUUACAAAUGUUGUCUCUAGUCCUGAGUAUCAAAUGAGUUCCGAAAUUUGGUAUAAGCAAGCCAAGCAAGGACGGCCUUACAUUCCAGGCCCUAAUACUCACAACUUGCCAGACCCUACAGGUGGUUUCAACCCGCUAGUGUCCAUCUACUAUUUGGUUGACGAGAUGAGGAAACGUAAGAAGGCCAAGGAGGAGGCUUUGAGAAAUCAAUUACAGAGCCAGCUUCAGGAAAGCGACUCCCGUUCACACGAUCAGGUACACCAACAGAUCAAUUUGCAGAGACAGCAGCACAACACACCAGUCAUUGCAUCGCCUCCAAGUGGUUCACCAAACCCACCUCAGGCACAAAUGGGCCAGCCUCCACGCCGUUCGGCCUCAGAGCAUCAUACCCAGCCAGUUCCCACGUUACAGUUCCCAGAGCAAGCUCAUACGCCGAUGGUCCCUAGCGCUUUCAACAGAGAGUCUCUGUCUCCAGGUCCUAAUGAGGGCAAGGUUCAACAACAGAUGUUGCUGCAACACAGCCCACGCAAGUCAAUGAGCGGUAGUGAAUCCGAUCAACAAUCUGGCAAACUGGGUCUCAACUCGCUCUUGCGCAAAUUGUCCGGAAAGAAGUCACACCCUCAUGGAUCACCUACCAGAAGUGGCACGGCCUCUCCAAACAAGGACGAUGUUGCGAUGGAGCCUGUUUCCUUUAUGCCAGAUGUUAGAGGAUCACAGGAGUCCAGCAGAUUGGAGAAGAAGGACCCAUUGGUCCGUCGUGGUGUUAGUAUGAAAGUUACUGCGAAGGAGAAGUCGAGCGGAUCUCGUGUCAAUGUCAAAGAUGAUUCGAAGGAGCCUGCCAGACAAACACUUGACCCUAACGCUUCUCAAUACAGAGGCCAUACGAGAACUCUGUCCAACAGAGGUUUUGUGCCUGCUGAAUACUUGCCUCCAUUGCCUACUCUCACCACAGAAGGCACGGGCGACGAGGUCAAAUUUGCUAAGGCUGAGAAGCCACACAGCGAAAAGAAGUUUCACCCAACCGCUCGUGCCAAAUCUGUGGGCGGAAACAUUAGAAAAGAUGCGGUCUUCCGUGGAGAUGGACAACACCCAGCAUUGCCUAAUAAUAUGGCCGCACAAAAUAGCGACGAAGGAAUCGACAGAGAACACGAGCGUAAUGACGCCAUGUUUGACGAUGUUACUCUCGAUGAUAAGGAAUAUCCACAUCUUCCACACAUGACGGAGCAACAAAUCGUGGACCAAUUUGCUCAUGCCAGACGUAACAGCAUGCCGCUGAUUGAAUAUCCAAAGACUUUGUUCUUGAAGGGUUUCUUCUCCGUGCAAACUACGUCGACCAAGCCGCUUCCAGUUAUUCGUUACAACAUUCUUUCCGUUUUGACAAAGCUUGGUGUUAAAUUCCAGGAGGUGAAGGGCGGCUUCCUUUGUGUCCAUGCUGCCUCCAUUGCCCCCAAACCCACCGAAUCUGAGGAUGAAGCUAGCGCCAUUAUCGACGAGUAUAGACUGGACGACGAGGAAAGAAAACUUUACGGCGACGCGUUUAGCCAGUCAUCAGAAUCUGUGCAAAAGCAGGUUCCACACAGAGCCAGCACACCAGAACCCCAAGAUGCUCAAACUCCAGUCAUCCAGACUCCACAAACUCGUACGCCUCUGAGCAAGUCCAGAGGUCCAUCUAGACAACCAUCAUUGCAUGUGGACACAACCAUGUUAUCUCCACCAGCGGGAGGAAACAGUUUCAAGGGUCAUCAGAAGUCCAACUCGAUUGGAGGAGGACACAGAAGAAAGUUUUCUAUCGGUCAAUCAAUUCUCGGCUCUUACAGAAAGAAGAACGGAUCACAGACAUUGAUGCCUCCAAACACACCAGCUGCAGCCAGACUCAACAAGCUGCUUUUGGGAUCCGCCGAUAUCGACUAUGACGACCUCGACGAGGAAACUCGUGCCCAGUUGCAACAAUUUACCGACGAUGAUUCUGUUGAUUCGUUGAAUGGUCUCAACCCAGGCGGAGGCUCGGACAUGCUUGUUUCAUCUCGUAUAGAACAAAGAGCUAAGCACCAGCGUUCGCCUAGUGCGUCCAUGACAGUUGCAGAGGAGGGCGAGGAAGAAGGCCAAAGCGGGAAGAGUCUGAGAAAAACGCCAUUGAAGUUCGAGAUCAACAUUGUUAAGGUUCCCUUGGUGGGUCUUUACGGUGUUCAAUUCAAGAAGACGCUCGGUAAUACUUGGACAUACAAGACUUUGGCAUCUCAGAUACUUGAGGAGUUGAACUUGUAG